AUGUCUGGCCGCAGAGACUUCCUGAACCAGCCGGCGCCCGAGAACUACGUCGCCGGUCUUGGCCGUGGUGCCACCGGCUUCACCACCCGUUCCGAUCUUGGUCCCGCGCGCGAAGGCCCAUCCGAGGAGCAGAUCAAGGAAGCACUUGCGAAGCGCGCCGCCGCUCUCGGCCAGGCCCCGCCCACUGCCUACGGCGCCACCGGCAAAGAAGACGAUGACGAUGACGACCGCUAUCAAGACCCCGAGAACGAGGUCGGCUUGUUCGCCAACGGCACCUACGAUCGCGACGACGACGAGGCCGACCGCAUAUACCAAGAGGUUGACGAGCGCAUGGAUCGCCGCCGGAAAGCACGCAGGGAGGCUCGCGAGAAAGCUGAGCGUGAUGAAUACGAGCGGAACAACCCCAAGAUCCAACAGCAGUUUGCCGAUCUCAAGCGCGCCCUCAGCAGCGUUUCCGAGGACGAGUGGGCCAAUCUCCCCGAGGUUGGAGAUCUGACAGGCAAGAACAGAAGGCAAAAGCAGAACCUGAGGCAAAGGUUUUACGCCGUUCCCGACAGUGUGAUAGCGGCCGCACGCGACGCAGGUUCGCUGGACACAAGCAUAGCCGCCGACGCCGGGGGAGAGACUGCAGAUGGCACCAUGACCAACUUUGCUGAUAUUGGAGCUGCCCGUGAAAAGGUGCUUCAAGUUCGCUUGGACCAGGCCACGCAAAAUUCCGGAACCGACACCACCGCAGGCACCGCAUCAAGCAUCGACCCCAAGGGAUAUUUGACCAGUUUGUCCAAGUCCGAACUGAGCGCUGGAGAAGUUCAGGUGGGAGAUAUCAAGCGUGUGCGGGAGCUUUUGGAAUCCGUCAUUAAGACGAACCCAAAGCAUGGUCCGGGUUGGAUUGCUGCUGCACGUCUUGAAGAGGUAGCAGGACGCAUCGUCGCUGCAAGAAACGUUAUCGCCCGAGGCUGCGAACACUGUCCUAAAUCAAUCGACUGCUGGCUGGAAAACAUCCGUCUGAACGAUAACCACAAUGCCAAGAUUAUUGGCGCCAUCGCCAUCAAGCACAACAAUACCUCGGCUCGGUUAUGGCAGGCCGCUUCAGAUCUGGAGACCGACCUGCGAGCAAAGAAACGCGUGCUUCGUCAUGCUCUGGACGCUGUCCCACAGAGUGUAGACCUUUGGAAGUCGGCCAUCGCGUUGGAAGAAGACCCAGCAGAUGCUCGUUUGAUGCUGGCGAAAGCAACGGAUAUCAUCCCAUUGUCCGUUGAGCUUUGGCUCGCUCUGGCUCGGCUGGAGACCCCAGAGAACGCCCAAGUCGUCCUCAACAAGGCCCGCAAGGCAGUUCCUACGAGCCACGAAAUUUGGCGUGCUGCUGCAGCGCUGCAGGAGCAAUUGGGAAAACCGGAUAUGGUGUUCAAGGUUAUGGAACGUGGUAUCAAGUCGCUCGCCAAGGAGUCUGCAAUGCUCAAGCGCGAAGAGUGGAUUUCGGAGGCUGAGAAGUGCGAAGAUGAAGGAAUGAUUAUUUCUUGCCAAGCCAUUAUCAAGGAGACGCUCAGUUGGUCCCUGGAUGAGGACGACGACCGGAAGGAAAUAUUCAUGGAGGACGCUCGUGGAAGCAUUGGUAGAGGGAAGUACGAGACAGCUAGAGCUAUCUAUGCCUACGCUCUUCGCAUUUUCCCCACCUCCAAGAGUCUUUGGUCGGCUGCCGUUGCUCUCGAGCGCAACCAUGGAACAAAGGAGGCGCUCUGGAAUUUGCUCGAGAAGGCUGUCGAGGCUUGCCCCGGUGCCCAGGAGCUUUGGCUGUUGUUCGCUAGGGAAAGAGAGCAGGCCGGCGAACUGGAUGAGGCCAGAGAUGUCAUCCGCCGUGCCUUCAACCAAAACCCCAACAACGAGGACAUUUGGCUUGCGGCCGUCAAAAUGGAAGCCGACCACGGAAAUCAUGACAAAGCCCGCGAGCUGCUCAUGGUCGCCCGCCGCGAAGCUGGCACCAACCGCGUCUGGUACCGAUCAGUGGCGUACGAGAGGCAACUUGGUAACCUGGAAGCAGCCUUGGACCUUGUCACGCAAGGCCUCCAGCUCUUCCCCAAGGAGUCCAAGCUCUACAUGCAAAAGGGCCAAAUAUACGAGUCGCUCAACAAGGUCCCCCAAGCUCGCGAAGCGUACACGACAGGCACGCGCCAGUGCCCGCGCUCCGUCCCCCUCUACCUCCUCCUCUCGCGCCUCGAAGAAAAGGCGGGCGUCAUCGUCAAGGCCCGCUCCGUGCUGGACCGCGCGCGCCUCGCGGUCAAGAAGAACCCGGAGCUCUGGACGGAAUCCGUCCGGCUCGAGCGGCGCGCGGGCAACGUCUCGGCGGCGCAGCAGAUCAUGGCGCAGGCGCUGCAGGAGGUGCCGGCGUCGGGCCUGCUGUGGGCGGAGAAGAUCUGGCACCUGGAGCCGCGCACGCAGCGCAAGCCGCGCUCGCUCGAGGCCAUCAAGAAGGUCGACAACGACCCGCUGCUGUUCGUCGCGGUCGCGCGCAUCUUCUGGGGCGAGCGCCGGCUCGAGAAGGCGGCGAGCUGGUUCGAGAAGGCCAUCCUGCUCGACGCCGAUCUGGGCGAUACGUGGGCUUGGUACUACAAGUUCGUCUGUCAGCACGGCACCGAGGAGAAGAGGGAGGAGGUCAUCAGCAAGUGCGUCCUCAGCGAGCCGAAGCAUGGGGAGGUGUGGCAGGCGGUCGCGAAGGAUCCGAAGAGCUGGGGGAAGGGCGUGGAGGAGGUGUUGAAGCUGGUCGCGGCGAAGAUUGAGUAG